AUGGUCCACUGGACAGCUGAAGAGAAGGCCAUUAUCAACUCCACCUGGGCCAAGGUCAAUGUGGAAGCCGACGGCCAUGAAGUCCUGAGCAGGCUGCUCAUCGUGUACCCCUGGACUCAGAGAUACUUCAGCAGCUUUGGAAACCUCUCCAACGUCACCGCCAUCUCUGGCAACGCCAAGGUGAAGGCACAUGGCAAGAAGGUGCUCACAGCUGUUGGCAAUUCCAUCCAACACAUUGAUGAUGUGAAACAUUACCUGCAUGACCUCAGCAAGUCCCAUGCCCAGGAGCUCCAUGUAGACCCUGAGAACUUCAAGCGUCUGACUGAAGUUUUGGUCAUCGUCUUGGCUAGCAAACUGGCAUCUGCUUUCACCCCUCAAGUCCAGGCUGUCUGGGAGAAGUUCACUGCUGUUCUUGUGGCUGCUUUGAGCCACGGAUACUUUUAA